AUGAAGGUCUCUCCGCUGCUCAUUUCAUGGCAUAAUGAACAUGCCCCCAUCUAUUCCGUCCAUUUUGACCCCAAUGGCAAGGGUCGCCUGGCAACGGCUGGAAAUGACAACAACGUUCGACUCUGGAAGGUUGAAUCCACCGGCGACGAACGCAAAGUUACGUAUUUGAGUACUCUGAUCAAACAUACACAAGCUGUCAAUGUGGUUCGGUUUUCCCCGAAAGGUGAGAUGCUUGCAUCUGCCGGAGAUGACGGCAAUGUCUUGCUUUGGGUACCAUCGGAGCUCCAACUACAGAAUACGCUGGGCGAAGAUCGAUCAGAUGACAAAGAGACCUGGCGAGUAAAGCACAUGUGUCGCUCGUCAGGUGCUGAAAUCUAUGAUUUGGCCUGGUCCCCCGAUGGAGUCUUUAUCAUGACUGGCAGCAUGGAUAAUAUUGCUCGAAUUUACAAUGCUCAAAAUGGUCAAAUGGUGCGACAGAUCGCAGAGCAUUCUCACUAUGUCCAAGGUGUGGCCUGGGAUCCGCUUAAUGAAUUUGUUGCGACUCAGUCAUCGGAUCGAUCGGUCCACAUCUACAAUUUAAAGACCAAGGAUGGCCAGUUCACUUUGACACCUCAUGGUAAAAUCAUCAAAAUGGACAUGCCAGCCAGACGUAUCAUAUCUAGCAGUCCUGCUCCCCCAGAUCUAACGGGCCGCAACAACCUUUCAAUUGCUUCACCCGCUCCAUCUACUCCCGGGACUCCUAUGGCAUUCCACCUUCCUAUGGAUCCUCCUCCAGUUUCUCACAGCCGGCGUUCGUCGUUUGGUUCGUCUCCGUCACUUCGACGCUCGGCGUCUCCUGCUCCUUCUCUACCCUUGCCGGCUGUAAAGCCUAUGGAGGCCUCUUCCCCAAAUCUCUUUGGAAUGGGUGUGAAGAACGCAAGCUUAUAUGCCAACGAAACCUUCACUUCGUUCUUCCGACGAUUGACCUUUGCACCUGAUGGGAGUAUGCUGUUCACUCCGGCAGGACAAUUUAAGACCACUCAUAUUUCUCCCAAUGAUCCCUCGAAGACAAUUGACGAAGUAAUUAACACUGUCUACAUUUACACCAGAGGCGGCUUCAAUAAGCCCCCCAUUGCUCAUCUUCCAGGUCACAAGAAACCGUCGGUUGCUGUCAAAUGCUCUCCGAUAUUUUACACGCUGAAAUCGGGUUACCAGCCCGCUAAGAGGAUCACACUGGAUACUUCCUUUGGUGAGGAAAUGUUCCCGCCUCUGCCAGAAUCUAUUGUUGCUCCACAAGUAUCGUCCACAAGCCAGCCACCCAUGGACCCUCCAACAUCCACCACCAACAACAGCGAUUCUAGCAGUCAAAACCUGUCUGUAGCUGCAUUUGCGCUUCCAUACCGCAUGGUCUAUGCUGUAGCCACACAAGAUGCUGUUUUAGUAUAUGAUACUCAGCAACAGACUCCCCUGUGUAUUGUGAGCAACUUACACUUUGCCACUUUUACCGAUCUGACUUGGUCAACUGAUGGCCUGACCUUGAUUAUGAGCUCCACCGAUGGGUUCUGUUCAACCCUUGCAUUCGCACCUGAGGAGCUAGGUCAAAUUUACAAAGGAGUGACUGGACCGAACUCUGUUACCACCAACCCACCCAGCUCGGCCGCGACAUCUCUGCAAUCUCCCGUUAAGCCAACCUUUGCACCUGCAGGCACGGGACCGGCGGCACCAACCCCAUCACAGGCCCCGCCAGCUAGUCCUGCGCGCUCCAGCUCAGUUUGCUCAGUCACAACUCAGUCCUCCCAGCAGGUAGUGAACAACCCUACACCGACACUCGGAUCCGUCCCUUCAGUGACUGCAACACACUCAGCGAACCUUGCAACGCUACCGCUGACCACACCCCCGCAAACCCCCUUGUCAACCCCCUCACAGAGUGGAGCCGGCGUCCCAGCGCCCGUUUUAGGAAAACGGGACGCAUCGUCUUUUAGCGAACCUGAAAAACAGGAGAGCAAGGCCCAACAGCCGAAGAAACGCCGCAUCGCCCCGACUUUGAUUUCAGCCAGUACCGAUUCAGCAUCAACAUCAAAGGAUGGCGCUGGUCCGACUGGGGCCUAA